GGAAAAAGAAGAAGAAGGAAAGUUUUGAAAUGAAUUAAACUUGGCAGUUGGCAAGCGACACAAACAAUUCGGUGGACUGAAAAAAGCGAAAAUACAAAAAUAAAAGAAAAGGGUAUGCUUUUCAGCUUUUCUCGUUAGGUAACCUACCGACUAUCUCUCCGGCUCACCGGCGUUCUGAACAGAAAUAUCAGAAUCUUCCGGCCACUUCGGCACAGGAAUCCUGAUAGCUUUUUGCAUUUUGGAAGCGUAGAUAAGAUGUGCCUUCAAAAUUCCUGUGUCCAUUUGUCGGUAGAAGAGGCAACUGCAGCCGAAGAGAGUCUCUUAACAUAUUGCAAGCCUGUUGAGCUGUACAAUAUUCUUCGCUGCCGUGCUUUACACAAUCCUUCAUUUCUUCGAAGAUGUUUGCAUUACAAAAUACAAUCCAGGCGUAAAAGGAGGUUGAAGGCUGGAAUUGUAAUUUUCAACUAUAAGGACUGCACCAACAUGCUACGGAAGACUGAAGUUUAUCCUAGUAUGUAUGGAUGCCUUGAGAAAUCAAAAGAAACUGAUAUUAAAGUGACUGUAACUGAGGACUUCUCUUGUCCAUUUUGCUUGAUGGAAUGUGCAAGCUUUAAGGGUCUGCGGUAUCAUUUGUGUUCUUCACAUGACCUAUUCAACUUUGAGUUCUGGGUAACUGAAGAAUAUCACGCAGUGAAUGUCUCUGUGAAGAUUGAUAUAUUGGGAUCUGAGACUGUAGCUGCUGGGGUGGAGCCAAAAUUGCAAACAUUCUUGUUUUGCUCACGGCCACGAAAGCUUAGGCGAAAGGACCUUGAUGAAAAUGAAAAGCGUGUUAAUAUACUGUUCCUCGAGAUGGACUCACCUAGACCAGCCGGGGAAGGCAUACGCAAGGGAUUUUUGGAGAAGGAUGAUGAUGUUCAAUCCAGUAAAGGUGAGAAGGUUUCCAAGUCAUUCCCCAGUGAAAAAGAAAUGCUGAAUGGAAGGGUUGGAGGAAACUAUGGUCCUGAUUAUCCUGGUGCCACUGGGUGCAUAGAGCGCGUUGCGUCCAGUUCUAAUGUUCCUGGUGUUUCAAUUGCCAUGGCUCAAUCUUCUGGGGACCCUGAAUGUGUUAAAUCGCUAUCUGGAAGUGAUCCUACAGUGCCUGCUAAAGCAAGGAAAUUAAGCAUGGAGCGGUCAGACCCUAGAAACCGUGCACUCCUGCAGAAGCGACAGUUUUUUCACUCUCACAGAGUUCAGCCUAUGGCAUUAGAUCAAGUGCUUUCGGACCGGGAUAGUGAAGAUGAAGUUGAUGAUGACAUUGCAGAUCUUGAAGAUCGAAGGAUGCUUGAUGAUUUUGUGGAUGUUACCAAAGAUGAAAAGAAGCUUAUGCAUCUUUGGAACUCAUUUGUGAGAAAGCAAAGGGUGCUGGCUGAUGGUCAUGUUCCCUGGGCUUGUGAGGCAUUCUCAAAGCUUCAUAGACAAGAGCUCACCUCAUCUCCAGCUCUCUUUUGGUGUUGGAGGUUAUUUAUGAUCAAACUUUGGAAUCAUGGUCUUCUUGAUGCCUGCACAAUGAACAACUGUAGUUUAAUUCUUGAAAAAUGCCGAGAUGAGGGAUCGGAUGCUAUGAAAAAGUAAAGAGGAGAUGAUUAACUUCUUCAACUUUAAAGAGAAUGAAGAUUAUAGGGUGAAUGUUACACUUUUGCUCUGUUUUUUUCCCCCCCACUAUUCUUGCUUAUAUGUCAAUCAUUAUUAGACCAUAAACGGAAUUCUUAUUCUUUCACGCACAGAAGGGGGGGGAACUGGGGGCUUUCCUCCAAGUGCUGUAUUCUUAUUGAACAAAGCCUCCCUUUGUUUAAAUUUGUCGAGGAAAGAAGUUUAGACUUCUAAGAAGAAUUUGUUGUACAAAGUGUUUUCCUGAAUUUUAUUUUUUUUUUUUAUUUUUUUUUC